CGACGCCGCCGCGCCGGCCCCCCACGCCCGCGGCCCCGAGCGCCGCCUCCCCAGCCCGCGCCGCCGCGAUGGCGGAGGACAGCGAGUCUGCGGCCAGCCAGCAGAGCCUGGAGCUGGACGACCAGGACACGUGCGGGAUAGACGGGGACAAUGAGGAGGAGACGGAGCACGCCAAAGGAAGUCCCGGAGCAGACUUGGGUGCCAAAAAGAAAAAGAAGAAGCAGAAGCGAAAAAAGGAGAAACCAAAUUCCGGAGGCACCAAGUCAGACUCGGCGUCUGAUUCCCAGGAGAUUAAAAUCCAGCAGCCUUCAAAAAAUCCCACCAUUCCAAUGCAGAAGUUGCAGGAUAUCCAGAGAGCAAUGGAGCUGUUGUCCGCAUGCCAGGGCCCCGCCAGGAACAUUGAUGAGGCUGCCAAACACAGAUACCAGUUUUGGGACACCCAGCCGGUACCCAAAUUAAAUGAAGUGAUAACCUCGCACGGUGCCAUUGAAGCGGAUAAGGACAACGUGCGUCGGGAGCCGUAUUCCCUGCCGCAGGGUUUCAUGUGGGACACUUUAGAUCUGGGUAAUGCCGACGUGCUCAAGGAGUUGUACACGCUGUUAAAUGAGAAUUACGUGGAAGACGAGGAGAGCAUGUUCCGGUUCGACUACUCGCCCGAGUUCCUGCUCUGGGCUCUGCGUCCCCCAGGCUGGCUCCUUCAGUGGCACUGUGGGGUCAGAGUGUCUUCGAACAAAAAGCUAGUGGGGUUCAUCAGUGCCAUCCCGGCAAACAUUCGGAUUUAUGACAGUGUGAAGAAGAUGGUAGAAAUCAACUUUCUUUGUGUUCAUAAGAAAUUGAGAUCAAAGCGGGUAGCCCCAGUGUUAAUUCGAGAAAUAACCAGAAGAGUAAACCUGGAAGGUGUUUUUCAGGCCGUUUAUACCGCUGGAGUGGUUCUUCCCAAGCCAGUGGCCACAUGCAGAUACUGGCAUCGAUCGCUAAACCCCAGAAAAUUGGUAGAAGUGAAAUUUUCUCACUUGAGUAGAAAUAUGACUUUACAGAGAACAAUGAAGCUCUACAGACUUCCAGAUGCCACCAAGACUUCAGGCUUGAGGCCAAUGGAACCGAGAGACAUCAAGGCGGUUCGCGACUUAACCAACACUUACCUGAAGCAGUUUCAUCUCGCCCCGGUGAUGGAUGAAGAGGACGUGGCUCACUGGUUCCUCCCCCAGGAGCACAUUAUCGACACAUUUGUAGUGGAGAACUCCAGUGGUAAACUAACUGACUUCCUGAGCUUCUACACACUCCCCUCCACAGUCAUGCACCACCCUGCUCACAAGAGCCUCAAAGCUGCCUACUCCUUCUACAACAUUCACACCGAGACGCCCCUGCUGGACCUCAUGAGUGACGCACUCAUUAUAGCCAAGCUGAAAGGAUUUGAUGUAUUCAAUGCACUAGAUUUGAUGGAAAAUAAGACCUUCUUGGAAAAACUCAAGUUUGGCAUAGGAGAUGGCAAUUUGCAGUAUUAUCUGUACAACUGGAGAUGUCCAGGAACAGAUUCUGAAAAGGUUGGACUAGUAUUACAAUAGAUGGAUAUUUCUAUUUCUAGAACUCUGGCAUCAUCAUUUGUUAAUAUUCUAUUUAAUGAUUCCUGGAACUGCCAUUCCAAAGAAGAAUAAAAUAAAAGCACAACUUCGGCAAAAUCGAUGUCGUCGGUAACAAUCAGAAAAGAUGAAAAAACACCCAUAUGUGACCAAUAGUACAUCUUUCUAGCUAGAAUGUUAACAUUCUUUUUUUCCACUGUUCACCUAUUUGUAGGAGGGAUGAAAGGGUACAAAGAGCACAUUCCUCGAAUUUUCAGACUUUUGGCUGUCUCCUGAUGAAGAGAAGGGAUUUUUCCUCUCUGUAGAAAAGAGACUGUUUUUCUAUGGACUGAACAGAAGUCACAGAAUUGUGUAAGCAAAUCUUUGCUGUUGUGUGGAGAUGAACUGCUACAUUUCUUUGAUUAAGUGUUGGUCUGUUUGUCCAUGUAACAGAAUGAAGGAUCCAUCUGGCAAAUCGGUACUUCCCCACCUUGCACAGUGUGAUUGAGAGCGUUUAUGGAACCGGGACGUGUGUAACUCAGUGAGGAGUGGGGGGUGUCUAAGUAUAUAGUGAGAUCAAAAUGUACCAGGGACUAGUAAGUACAUUUAUUUCUCCAGGAGCAGAGUCGCCAAAUAAGUAAACACAUGAAGUACUUUGAUCUUCAACAGGUCAGUGGAUUGGUUUCAGAAGCAAAGUUUUGUGCAAACACGGUCUCUCUGAGUCUACACCCAUGGCUGACUAGACUUUGCUGCUGCUGCACAUACUCGCUUCUUCUCGGCAGCAACAAGAGAUGUGAGGCAAAGAAAAUAAAAGCUCUAAAGCCAAAAGAAAUGCUCAGUGGAAUUUAUUAGUGCUAUCAGGACAUUGAUAGUUUGAAUGUUUUUAUUACUUAUGCAAAAUUGCACAUGUUCCUUUAUGCUGACUUUAAUUUAUCAUGAAAGCUGUCAUGCUAAUGGAAAAUGUUAUUUGUAAAUAAGUGUUCAUAAUUUUGUUACUGAUGGUGUUUUUAACUAGAAUUUGAAAACCAGUUUUCUCAGUGUACAUAUCUACGUGCAUAUUAACUGCCAGUAGUCCAGGAGGGGGAAAACGUGAACGAGGCCACGUGGAAACUGGCUUUGGCUCAAAUACCACAAAGUAGAUAUACUUGUUCCUGCCUUUACUGUACCAGUGCCUAGGCUCUUCAGUCCAGAAAAAUUGAAUUUUCGACAAUAUGACAGUCUUUAUGUUGUAAGCGGCCAGAUGAAACUGGUCAUACCUUAUACCAGGCAGGACCUAGCAAACUAUGGCCCACGAGCCAAAUCCAGCCCAUCACCUCUUUUUGUACAGCCCGUGAGCUAAGAAUGGUUUUUACAUGUUUGAAUGGUUCCGGGGGUGGGGGUGGGGGGGAGGAUCAAAGAAAAAUAACAUCUUGUGAUGUGAGAAUUAUAGGAAAUGCAGAUUUCAGCAUCCAUAUAUAAAGUGUCAUUGGAACACAGUCACACUCACUUGCUUACGCAUUUCCUGUGGCUGCUUCACACUACAAAAGGCAGAGUUGUGUUAUUCUGACAGCACUGUAUGGCCCAAAAGGCCUAGCGUAUUUACUACCUGGCCCUUUACAGAAAAAAAAUUUUGUCAGCUCUGACUUACACUAAAGAGCUGAAAGCCACUUUCUGCACAAGAUUAAACCCACAGCCGUGGCAGCCCCGAGACCACCACUAGAGGGCGCCGGGGGGGCACAGUAGUGCCUGAGGACGGGGAUGGUUUUUGAAGACCAAUGGUUCGGACCCAACUGCAUUACCCCAUUCUUCCUUAACAGGAGAGUGGCUUUGGAAGCAAAACUGAACUAAUUCAUUGAAACACCAAGAAUUAAGUAAACGGGAUUUUUUUUUAAUGAAAAAAAAAUUUUUUUUUAAAUGUUUAUUCUUGAGAGAGACAGAGAGAGACAGUAUGAAUGGGGAAGGGGCAGGGAAAGGGAGACACAGUACCCAAA